AUGAGUGGGGUCAGUCAAAGACUGCGCCAUCUUACUUCUACCCAAACUUCGACACACACUCACUCCCUUGCCUCCCUGUGUGACAAUGGGGUCAUGGUGUACAUGAGUUAUUUAAGCAAGACGGAGCUACAAGUCUUCAAGAAGCUGUUGAUGGAAAAGAAGCUCCUGCCGCACUCUCUCGGCAUCACCUGGCAGCAGCUGAACAGAGCCAACUGGGCAGAGAUGGUUCAUCUCUUAGUAGAAUCCCUUCCUGGAGAACUGGCCUGGAAUGUGGCUCAUGAAAUCCUACAGACAAUGAACCAGAGAAAGAUUUGUUCCCUGCUACAGAAAGAGUUAGCGGACCUUCCUGCCGUGGUAUCAGUGGACUCCCAUCUAAGGAAAACACCGCUGAGUCUGACGAAAGAAGAAUGCGAUAAAAUACGGGAGUACAAACAGCGCGUGAUAGAAAAGAGCCUCCCUUUGUGGGACAAUACCGUCUGGCCUGGAAACCAAGCAGACUUUUUGUACCUCAAUGUGAGAAACCACGAGGCAAUCUUGCCAUAUCUCUUUCUACCCAGGAGUCCCCAGCGGAAACAGCCUAAGGUAGUGGUCAUUCAUGGAAUUCCUGGUAUUGGAAAAACAACGCUGGCCAAAAAAAUCAUGCUGAUGUGGGCGCACAAUGAGUUCUAUGCACACAAGUUCAAGUUUGCUUUCUAUUUCCACUGCCGGGAACUGAACUGGGUGGGAGAGCGCAGCUUCUCGGAGCUGAUUGAGGGCCAAGGGCUUAGGUCUCAGGCUCUCGUGUCUAAGAUUCUAUCCAGACCAGAUCAACUUCUGCUCUUGUUGGAUGGCUUUGAGGAGCUCACAUCUUCCCUCAUCACAAGACCAUCUGUCAUGGUGGAAGACUGGAACCAGAAAUUGCCUGGGGCUUUUCUCCUGAGCAGUUUGUUAAGCAAAACGAUGCUUCCAGAAGCCACACUCCUGAUCCUGGUGAGACCGAUUUCCUGGAGAGGAGUUGAACUCUUAGUCAAUGGUCCCUCCCAUGUCAUCCUGACUGGAUUUAGCAGGACUGAAACGCUUGACUAUUUCAGGUUGUAUUUCAGAGGCAAAACGACAAGGAAUCAAGUUGUGGAUUUUGCCAUGAGAAACACCAUUCUCUUGUCCAUGUGUCGGGUCCCUGUGGUGUGCUGGAUAGUGUGCCAUUCUCUAAGAAAAGUAAUGCAGAAAAUGGUAAAUCUCACAACGGCUUGUCCAAAUGCAACAUCUGUGUGUGUGUUGUAUCUGGCUACCCUGUUCCCAACCAUAUGUAAGAAACUUUCCGGCAGUAAUUACCAAAAGCAAUUGGAAGGUGUGUGCCGUCUGGCUGCUCAGGGUGUAUGGGACCUGAAGAGUGUGUUUGAUAAGACGGACUUUCAGCAUGUCAAGGUGGAUGAGGCCACCAUAGACACUUUUCUUCAAGUGAACAUUCUUCGAAAGCUACAAAACCAAGGCGACCGUUACAUGUUUGCCUUGUUUAUCUUCCAGGAGUUUUUUGGUGCCCUGUUUUAUAUUCUUUUUUUCCCCCAAAGAAUUAUUUAUUAUCACCCACUGAGUCAAGUGAACAUUCAGGAUCUGAUUGCAAUGUCGAGAGCCAGAGAAAGCUGUGAGACUCAGAUGGGGCUUUUCUUAUUUGGUCUUUUAAAUGAAGCAUGUGCUGAAAUCGUGAUGAGGUCCUUCAACUGCAGAAUAGCCUUGGGUAACAAGUUGAAGGCCAUUAGCGUGAUAACCCAUUUGAAUGACUAUGGAUGCUAUGACUGCUCACAGCUCUUUCCCUGCCUGACCGAAAUCGCGGAGAAGAGCUUUGUCCACAGUGCCCUGGAAAACUACAAGAAAGUCUCUUUGAAGAUCAGGAGCCUGAAGGACCUUCAACUGUCUGCGUUUUGCCUUAGGUACUGCCAAGGUUUGGAGAAAGUAGAACUAACUCUGUCGAGAGCCUUCCAACAGGAGCUUUGGCCGGACUCAGAAGAUCCUUCCCCGGGCACUCAACUGAGAAAGGAUAAGAUCGUCUUGAGUUGGUGGCAAGAUAUCUGCUCUGUGUUUGAAACAAAUAAAAAUCUGAAAGUGCUGACAGUAACUAACAGCGUCCUGGAGGCCCUGUUCAUAGAGACAGUCACCACCACCCUGCAGAAGCCCCAGUGUAAAGUGCAAAGGUUACAGCAUGUGAGUCACACGUUGCAUAAAGACUUCUUCCAUGUUUUGAGUGAAAACCAGCAUCUGAGACAGCUGGGGGCAGAGCACACAAAACUGGGGGAGGAGGCCGUGAAAUUCCUGUGUAUAGCACCGAAAUCACCCUGGUGUCUUCUGCAGUGUGUAAGGCUGGAGAAUUGUAACAUCACUGAGGCCUCUUGUAAAGAAAUUGCCUUCGCUCUCAAGCACAGUAAGAUGCUGACCCACCUGAGCCUGGCAGAGAACAAAUUGGAGGAUGCAGGAUCGAGGCAUAUCUGGGAUGCUUUGGAACAUUUGAUGUGUCCUUUGCAAAGACUGGUGCUGAGGCAGUGUUCUUUGACUUCAGCAUGCUGUGAAUAUAUGAUGUCGUCUUUCAAGAACAAUAAAAGCCUGCGAAGUUUGGACCUGAGUUUCAACAGGCUGAUGGACGAUGGGGUCAGCCUACUCUGUAGGGCUCUGGCAGAAGCCAACUGCAACUUGUUGGUCCUGGAGCUGGAAAAGUGUUGGUUCACUUCUGCCUCUUGCCAUGCUCUGGAAUCCAUGCUCUGUAGGCACAGGAAGCUGAGGUACCUGGACCUGAGCAAGAACACUAUUGGAAUCGAUGGCAUGCUGACCUUGGCCCUGGCGUUCUUCAGACAGAGGCGGGCAGAAGAGGUCGUACUGUAA